AUGAUGCUUAUGACCAUGAUACGGUUGUCUUACCUAUCAGCUGAUUUCAUCGCAGCAUAUCCACUAAGACACCUUUCAGAAGUCAAUGUAUCCAAAGAUUUAUUGGCGAACACGUUGGCGAGCGUGACAUCCGCAGUUCCUACAAGAUGUGACUACAGUAAGGCGAGGCCGACCAUUUACAAGGUACCCAAAGAACUUAAAAGGGGUGAUGAGGACGAAGGCUAUGAGCCGGUCGCUGUUAGCAUAGGCCCCUUUACAAAGAGCGUCAACAGCACGGCGCAGCUGGAGAACUACAAAUGGUGCUGCGUCCGGCAACUUUUGAGCUCGCACCAAAACCACCCUGACAGUGACGUCCCCGAGGGGCUGCUAAAGAGUUGCCUGGAGAACAUGAAGCGUCUGGAGCCAGAUAUUCGGGCGGCCUACUCUGAAGACGUUGAGGGCGACAGCGAUGUCCUGGCAGUCAGUAUGCUACUCGAUGGCUGUUUCAUCCUCCAGCGCUUGCUCAAGGCCACACGCGUCGGGGAAAAGGAAGCAACUUCAGUCGGCUCGGAGAACCGAUCAAUGAAAAGAGGAUUUCCCUCAAGCUUCUUCGAGUCGUCCCUAGGGAGUACAAGCAGCAGGCAGGAGAACAUUGCUCAAGACGACGACUGGACGCAGGUUUUUGGCAGGGUCAGGGUGUGGCAAUUAGUGGCAACCGACCUACUGCUGCUCGAGAAUCAGAUCCCUUUCUUUGUGCUGAUUAAGCUAUUUGAGCUGCUCUGGAGUGGUGACGGUGAGCCCCAAGACACCCUCGUCAAGGGCAGCCUCCGGCUUUUCCGAUCUCUAUGUCCCCACAUGCUGCAACGUUCAGCUGCUAAUUCAGGAAUUGACUACCGCGGCGUGCACGUGCACCACCUGCUGCACCUCUUCUACCUCUCCGUCAUCCAAGCCCAGACACCUCCUAACAACUUCGAUCAAUCAGUUUCUCUUUUUGUGUUGGAUUUGGAUCUCCCGCAGUGGAUGCCGUGUGCCAAGGAGUUGAUGGAAGCUGGGGUAAAGUUCAGAAAGGGAAAGAAGGAGGACAGUUUCCUGGACAUCAAGUUCAACAGCCACAAGGGCAUCCUGAAGAUACCACCCCUGAGGUUCUAUGAUUUCAGCGACAAGCUGUUCCGGAACCUGAUCGCCUUCGAGCAGACCUAUCCACACACCCCGGGUGACAUCACCACAUAUGCUAUCUUCAUGGACUGCCUCGUCAACACGCCAGAGGACAUGCUCAUCCUGCACCUGCGUCACAUUAUUGUCAACCAGAUAAACGUCGAGCAGGACGCCAGCCGCUUCUUCAACACCAACUGCGCACAGGUUGUGCGCUCGUCGCGUUACAACGAGUACCUCAAAAAUCUGAUGAAGGAUGUGAAUGAUUACAGGGGCUCCAGGCUGAACAAGUGGCGCGCAACGCUUGCGCGCAAGUACUUCAGAAACCCUUGUGUGACCAUGUCGGUGCUGGCUGGCGUGCUCUUGCUCAACAUGACUAUGCUGCAGACCUUCUUUACAGUCUAUCCCUACUUCUACCCUCCAAAGUAA